UGAAUUAUCCGUCCCUUAAACGUCCUAAAACAUCUCAAAAACUAUGUAAAGAUUGUUUUUAUUAUGUUUUUGAGACAGAGAUUCAUAAUACCAUUAUAUCUAAUUCUUUAUUUUCUAGAGGAGAUAAAAUUGGGAUAGGUGCAUCAGGUGGUAAAGACAGUACUGUACUUGCUUAUGUUAUGAAAACUUUAAAUGAUAAAUAUGAUUAUGGAUUAGAUUUAUAUAUGAUAUCUGUAGAUGAAGGUAUUCAAGGAUAUCGUGAUGAUUCUUUAGAGACCGUUAAGCGCAUUCAAAUUCAGUAUUCUAUACCUUUAAAAAUUCUAAGUUAUGAAGAGAUUUAUGGAUGGAGUAUGGAUGAGAUUGUUAAACAUGUGGGCAGAAAAAAUAAUUGUACUUUUUGUGGUGUAUUUCGAAGACAAGCUCUUGAUAGGUGUGCUACAAUGCUGAAUAUUGAUCAUAUAGUUACAGGACAUAAUGCGGAUGAUAUUGCUGAGACAAUUAUUAUGAAUUUAUUACGAGGGGAUAUCUCUCGUCUUGGACGUUGUACUGAAAUAUUAACAGGAGAAUUUAAAAUAAAAAGGUCAAAGCCAUUUAAAUAUACAUAUGAGAAAGAAAUUGUAAUGUAUGCCCAUUUUAAAAAGCUUGACUAUUUUUCUACUGAAUGCAUUUAUUCUUCUGAAGCUUUUCGAGGUUUUGCUCGAACCUUGAUUAAGGAAUUAGAAUCCUUAAGGCCUUCAUCAAUCAUUGAUAUUAUUCAUUCUGGUGAAGCAUUUUUGCUUUCUGAUGCUGUGAAAAAAAAUCUUCCUACGCAAAAAAAUUGUAAAAAAUGUGGAUAUAUGUCAAGUAAUGAUUAUUGUAAAGCUUGUAUAUUAUUGGAAGGCUUGAAUAGUAGGAUUAGUAGAUCUGGAAUAGAAGAAAUAAAAAAGUCAAUGAUUAUAGAAAUUAUGAGAAAUAGUAUAAAAAUGAUAAAUAAUCAGAAAUAUGAGGAAAAUCAAAAAGGAUUAGAUUUUUAG